AACAGGUAAUUUUUCUUGUAGUGCUCGAUCCAAUCAUUAUCAAAGAGGUCCUGUAUUAUACGCAUGCGCCAAUGAUAGCACAUGGCGCAUGCGAGUGACGUCACCGUCGUAUUGCUGUGGGUACUAGUCGGAAGAAGGAGGAAUUGAGAUUUGUAAACGUGAUUAGAUCCUGUUUAAUGAACAAUGUAAUGAGGAUUACAUUCUAAAUCACUUCAGAAGAACAUCCAAAGUGGAUAUAUAAUCGAAGUAGGCAACAUGAUAUUUAGGAUGAAAGUAGAUAAAUCUGAGUUUAUUCAUUGACAGUAGGAGUUUGAAGAUUCAGAACAAGUAUUAGCAAUUUAAGUCUGUAAUGCCAAGCUGAAAGCAAGAAAUUAUCAUGGCAACUGUUGAUGGCCGCCCCGCACAAUAUGGUGUCACACUCCAGAAGCUCCGGGAGCUUAUGGAGCACCAUGGUCGUGAAGCUAUUGAAAGGAUAAAAGAAGAUUAUGGAGGUGUCCAAGAACUCUGCAAAAAACUUUAUACUUCUCCUACAGAUGGGUUAAGUGGUUCUGCAGCAGAUCUUGAACAUAGGCAAAUGACAUUUGGAGCAAAUCUUAUUCCCCCAAAACCACCUAAAACUUUUCUACAAUUAGUGUGGGAAGCUCUUCAGGAUAUCACACUUAUUAUUCUAGAAGCUGCUGCAAUUAUCUCUUUGGGUUUAGCAUUUUAUAAACCACCAGAAAACUUAGAAGUAAAUGAACUUGAAGGAGUUGGUUCAUCGGAAGGAGAAGGAGAAGCAGGAUGGAUAGAAGGUGCUGCCAUUUUAGUGUCUGUUCUUAUUGUCGUCCUAGUUACAGCCUUCAACGAUUAUACUAAGGAACGUCAAUUUAGAGGUUUGCAAAGUCGAAUAGAAGAUGAACAUAAAUUUUCUGUUAUUCGUGGUGGAGAAGUUAAUCAAAUACCUGUGAGUGAAAUUGUGGUUGGUGAUAUUUGUCAAGUUAAAUAUGGUGAUUUGCUCCCUGCUGAUGGCAUUUUAAUACAAAGCAACGAUGUGAAAGUUGAUGAAAGUUCUUUAACAGGAGAAUCAGAUCACGUCAAAAAAGGGGAGAAUUAUGAUCCAAUGUUGUUUUCAGGGACUCAUAUAAUGGAAGGCAGUGGUAAAAUGCUUGUCACUGCUGUAGGUAUUAAUUCCCAAGCUGGCAUCAUUUUCACUUUGCUUGGUGCUGCAAGGACAGAGGAUGAAGCUCAAAAAAAGAAAAGGAAAAAAGGUAGGAAAUACAAUAAAGCUUUAAAAAUUAUUUCAAUUUAA